GAGCGGCACAAGCUGAAGAAGGGACAGGACACGGCAUUCCAAAAGCCCGCCGGCUCCGCCCUCGGGGGCGCGGCCUCCGUGUAGCCAAUCGGCUCCUCGCUUCUGGGACGGGCACCGCCCCUUUUCCAUCGGUGUCGGUUCGUUUACGUGUCUAUUGAUCUUUCCGACUUCGAGUAACCAAUCCUUUGCCUUCCUACGGGAGGGGCGGAGACCUGCUCCUUGGUCCAACGUUUUUCAGGAUCAAACAUUGCUCAUUGGCUUCCGUUCCUCCGUUGAGGCGGAGCCUCUCCCUUUCGCACUACCCUUUUGGGUUGUGCAACCCUCAGGGGAACCAACCCCAAAGCCCCAGGGAGACAGGAAGGCGUGUUCUCAGAGUGAGGGUCGCCAUUGGUUUCACUGACCGAGGGUGGGUGGGAUGGUGCAGCCGCUCUUCGUGUUUAUUGGUUCGGUGAUUCCAUGGGGUGGGAUUUGGCUGGGCCUAAACUAUCCGCGGUCCGGGACCGGUUUCGGGGCGAAGCUGCCAUGCCUUCCGGGGGCCGCGGGCGGUCCCGGCUACGGCUCGGGGAACGUGGCCUCUUGGAGCCGCCCUCCCCGCCCAAGCGCCGCCUGCUCCCGCGGGCGCACUUCUUGCCUCUGCUUCUGCUGGCCCUGGCCCUGGCUUCGGCGACCUACACCAUCUGGAGCGGCUGGCACCACCAGACUGAGGAGCUGCCGCGGGGCCGGGAGCUGCGGGGCCGCUUGAUCGGAAGCCUCUCCGAAGCCCGGCUGCGGCGGGUGGUGGGGCAACUGGACCCACACCGUCUCUGGAACACUUAUCUGCGCCCCCUGCUGGUUGUGCGGACCCCGGGCAGCCCCGGCAAUCUCCAAGUCAGAAAGUUCCUGGAGGCUACACUACGGACCUUGACAGCAGGCUGGCAUGUGGAACUGGACCCCUUCACAGCCUUGACACCCCUGGGGCCACUGGACUUUGGCAAUGUGGUGGCCACGCUGGACCCAGGGGCUGCCCGUCACCUCACCCUUGCCUGCCAUUAUGACUCCAAGCUCUUCGCAUCUGAGUCGGUUCCCUUUGUGGGGGCAACAGAUUCGGCUGUACCUUGCGCCCUGCUGCUGGAGCUGGCUCAGGCCCUCGACAGGGAGUUGAGUAGGGCCAAGGAGCAGCUCCCACAGGAAGCCCCGGUGACUCUGCAGCUGCUCUUUUUGGAUGGUGAAGAAGCACUGAAGGAGUGGGGACCCACAGACUCCCUCUAUGGCUCCCGGCACCUGGCCCAGCUCAUGGAGUCUGCACCCCACAGCCCGGGCCCCACCAGGAUCCAGGCUAUCGAGCUCUUCAUGCUCCUUGAUCUCCUGGGUGCCCCGAAUCCAAACUUCUACAGUCACUUCCCUCAUACAGCCCGCUGGUUCCAUCGGCUGAGGAGCAUCGAGAAGCGCCUUCACCGCAUGAACCUGCUGCAGUCUCAUCCCCAGGAAGUGAUGUACUUCCAGCCCGGGGAGCCCCCUGGUUCUGUGGAAGAUGACCACAUCCCCUUCCUCCGCCGAGGGGUCCCUGUGCUCCACCUCAUCUCCAUGCCCUUCCCCUCCGUCUGGCACACCCCCGAUGACUCUGAGGCCAACCUGCACCCACCCACCGUACACAAUCUGAGCCGCAUCCUCGCCGUGUUCCUGGCCGAAUAUCUGGGGCUCUAGCCUCCUUGGCUGAUUCAGAAGGAGCAGUGCCCAGCCAGGACGCACCAAGGACACUUGGAACCAGUGGAGCUCAGGCCAGGCUGCCUGGGAUAUGCUGGAUAAUCCUUUUUUUUUUUUUUGGUUCCACUUGUGCAAUGAUUGGAAGACCCUCUUUCCUUUGGCUCUUUCAAGCUGUCACUCUUCAAAGACACAAAAGAGACGAGACUGCUGUGAGGGUGACAGCCAAAGGAGUAAGAACUUAGACCCUGUCCUGAAGGAAGCUCUUGGUCUGAAGGUUUGCAAGGGGCCAGUGCUGCUGUUUUAUAGUUAGCACAUCUUGGACUGGCAUUUGGGGCAGCACUACUACCCCACCAAAUGAAUUCUCUGUGGCUUAUGGUUUAAUGUCCAUACAGAUUGCUGUGUGGUGUCCACAGGGGAUGUGCUGGUAAGCAGGAACAGAGGAGGUAGAAGCCAAUAGUUGGGAACUCGAGUCUGUCAGACCCAAGAGCAAUAAACCAGUGUUUCUGUGAAACAUAUUCUACAGAAUUAGCAUAACUAGGUGGUUCGUGAAAAAGGGGAUCAAAGAUGCAGGAUGAGACAUUAAAUGAGUUUCUUCAUUGCACAAUGUGAA